CAUCACUGGUGUCCGUGGGAGGAAUCGCGCCCCAUCACUGGUGUCCGUGGGAGGAAUCGCGCCCCAUCACUGGUGUCCGUGGGAGGAAUCGCGCCCCAUCACUGGUGUCCGUGGGAGGAAUCGCGCCCCAUCACUGGUGUCCGUGGGAGGAAUCGCGCCCCAUCACUGGUGUCCGUGGGAGGAAUCGCGCCCCAUCACUGGUGUCCGUGGGAGGAAUCGCGCCCCAUCACUGGUGUCCGUGGGAGGAAUCGCGCCCCAUCACUGGUGUCCGUGGGAGGAAUCGCGCCCCAUCACUGGUGUCCGUGGGAGGAAUCGCGCCCCAUCACUGGUGUCCGUGGGAGGAAUCGCGCCCCAUCACUGGUGUCCGUGGGAGGAAUCGCGCCCCAUCACUGGUGUCCGUGGGAGGAAUCGCGCCCCAUCAUUGGUGUCCGUGGGAGGAAUCGCGCCCCAUCAUUGGUGUCCGUGGGAGGAAUCGCGCCCCAUCAUUGGUGUCCGUGGGAGGAAUCGCGUCCCAUCAUUGGUAUCCGUGGGAGGAAUAAUGCCCCAUCAUUAGUAUCAGUGACACCA